AUGAAGUUCUCCAGCAUCUUCAACUUCGCCCUCGUGGGCCUGGCCGCCGCCGCCCCCACCCCCACCGUGGACGAGGAAGCCAGCGGCCUCCAGAAGCGCGCCGCCUCCAUCACCGAGUCCUGCAACAUUGGCUACGCCAGCACCAACGGCGGCACCACCGGUGGCAAGGGCGGCUCCACCACCACCGUCUCCACUUUUGCCCAGUUCACCGCCGCCGCCAAGGUCAGCGGCAAGCUCAACAUCGUCGUCAAGGGCACCAUCUCCGGCGCCGACACCGUCCGCAUCACCUCGGACAAGACCGUUGUCGGUGCCUCGGGCUCGCAGCUCCAGGGCGUCGAUCUCAAGGUCAAGGCCGACAGCGGUGACGCCAUCGGCAUCGAUGCCUCCACCAACGUCUGGAUCGACCACUGCGAUCUUUCCUCGGAUCUGAACAACGGCAAGGACUACUAUGAUGGUCUCCUCGACAUCAAGCACGGUGCCGACUGGAUCACCGUCUCCAACACUUACCUCCAUGAUCACACCUCGCUCGUCGGCCACAGCGACUCCCAGACCGACGACAAGGGCAAGCUCCACGUCACCUACGCCAACUGCUACUGGAAGAACACCAGCUCCCGAAACGCCCUCGUCCGCUUCGGUACCGUCCACAUGUACAACAACUUCUUCUCCGGCAUCCUCCUCUCCGGCAUCAACACCCGCAUGGGUGCCCAGGUCCGCGUCGAGUCUUCCACCUGGGAGGACUCCAAGAAGCCCAUCAUCUCCGAGGACUCCAAGGAGGUUGGCUACAUCACCAUCAGCGACGUCAACUACGGCGGCGGUGCCAACGCCGCCCCUCUCGGCGACUUCAGCUCGAGCAAGAUCCCCUAUAGCUUCACCCUCUACGGCAAGAACAACGUCAAGAGCAAGAUCCCCGCCGAGGCCGGUCAGCUCCUCAGCUUCUAA